AUGGAGGCCGUCGCGCCCGACCUCGCGCGCAUCGACUGGACGUCCCAGGGCCACGCGCUGGUCCUCGCGUGGCUCGGGGCCAGCGCCGGCGCGGUGAUCGACGCGCUGCUCCCCGCUGAGGGCUCCAAGCUGACGUGGGACACACAGGAGGUGUUCGCGGGGCUGCUUGAACGCAGCGCCCCUGUCGAGUACGACGCGAACCGCAAGAGCGUCCUCGACGUCACGCGCGGGCUCAUGCGGCGAUGCGAGAGCGACGCGGAAGAGCCGUCGGACGCCGUGGCAGAUCUGUUCGCGCGGCUGAGCGCGUCCGCCGCCCCGAGCGGCGAGUGCUCGACGCCUUGGCGGGAGCGGACCUACUGCUUCGCGCGGACCGACGCUGACAACAACAACAACAACAACACACCCCCCCCUGAGUACCGCCUGGCAACGUCGCUGUGGGACGCCAGCGGAGGUCCGAGCGCGGACUUCGCGACCGUCACGGUGCGGUGCGUCGACGACGUCCUCGCGAACGGCACCGGGACGGCGUCGUGGGCGGCGGGGGUGUAUUUGGCGCAGUACGUCAUGCGGCACCCCGACGUGGUGCGCGGCCGCGGGGUGCUGGAGCUCGGCUGCGGCACGGGCCUCGUGGGCGUGUGCGUGCUGCACGGGGGGCCUCGGUGCGUCGUUCUGACGGACAACAACCCCAGCGCGCUGGAGAACGCGCAGCACAACGUGCGCCGGUGGCAGGAAGCGAACCCCGGGUCCCAAGCGCGGGACGUGGCGUUCGAAGAGCUAGCGUGGGGCGAGGCGGUGCCGGCGUCGAUCGCGGAGCGGGUGGCGGACGGCGGCGUCGUGCUCGCCGCGGACGUGACGUACGACGCGCACAAUCACGUGCCGUUGUCCCGGACGCUCGCAGCGCUGCUGUCAGGCGGCUGCGCGCGGGCGCUGGUUGCGAGCACGGUCAGAUGCGCGGACACGAUGGCGUCGUGGCGGGCGGCAUGCGAGGCAGCUGGGCUGCGCGUGGAGAGCGUCGCCGACAGUCGGCAGGACGCGGAGGGCGGGGUGCGGGUACUUGGUGUGGAGUGGGGGUCCGAGACGGUCGGCGCGUGGGUCGAGCUGCAGGCUGUGACGAAGCGGUAG